AUGCCACAGGCACACAGGGCUUUACACUCUAGAUCAUCUAGAUUGUUGUACCAAGCCGUUGUCAAGGCACUGGAGAAGAAAGAUAAGACGGUCACGCAGCUGACUCUAAACUUGAAGCAAUGCAGAAAGGAGGUCUGGAAAUUGCAAUGCGAAGCGAAUGCAGCAGACAUGAAAGUCGCCCGACUGCUGCAGAAACGUGAGGGCGAGCUUCCAGAGGAAUACAGGGAAGAGCUCGAAAGGCUUAAGGACAAGGAGGAAGCCUUGGCUGAUCAGCUCAGUCAUGCGCGGGCCAACGCGCAACGCUGGGCCUCGGUGGCCAAGCGACAAGAUGCAAUGCUUCAGCAGGACGGGUGCUUGUAUGCUGCGUUUUCUAUUUCCAUGGAAGCCCAGAUGGAGAGUGAGAUGCAGCAGCUGAAGUUGCUGGACAAGCUUGCCAUUUAUGUGGUCGUCAUUACAUUGCUGAUCAUGCUUUCGAAGCCCAUUUUGCCGAAAGUCACGUGGGGAUACGACUUCCUGCCACAGAUGGCAUGUCACAUGUGGUCUUACCUCAUUCCUUUCUUUGUGCUGUUGCACGCGGGGCAUGACAGCUUUAUGGUCAUCGUGUCAUUUGCCUCGUCGAUGCUGAUUGUGGCCAACCUCGCGACCGUGGGCUUCCCCUUGUACCAGUCCGCUCCGGCAGUGGCUUUGCUUUGGGAGCUUUGCUACGUCUUAGAGCGCUUCGACAAGUGA